AUGAGUCGUUUGACAGAACUUCAGAAAAACCCCUCAGCUAGGAGAAAAUUAAGAGAUUUGCAGCAACAAAGUGAUAAUCGUACCUGUGCUGAUUGUGGUGCUCCGGAUCCUAAAUGGGCGUCUGCAAAUAUUGGAGUCUUCCUCUGCUUAAAAUGUUGCAGUGUGCACCGAAGCCUUGGUACCCAUAUCUCAAAGGUUUUAUCAGUGACACUGGAUGACUGGAUGGAGGAAGAGAUUGAUUCAAUGGCUGAAGUUGGAGGAAAUGCAGCUGUUAAUUCAAUUUAUGAGGCUCAUAUACCUGACGGAGUAUCAAAGCCUAAACCGGAUGCCAGUCAUGAUGAGCGUUCAAAAUUCAUCAGAUCUAAGUAUGAGCUCCAAGAUUAUAUGAAACCUGGCUUGCGAAUUACCUCAGGAAAGUCUGCUGUAUCUUCCCAGUUAAGCUUUUCCAAGAGGAUCAUGGAUUCAUUCAGUACCACAAGUGCAUCAUCUACGGAUGGCAUGGUAGAAUUCAUUGGUUUACUGAAGGUGAAGGUUGCGAAGGGUACAAACUUGGCUGUGAGAGAUAUGUUGUCAAGUGAUCCUUAUGUCAUCCUCAAUCUCGGUAAACAGACUGUCCAGACCACUGUAGCUAGGAGCAACCUGAAUCCAGUAUGGGAUGAGGAACUCAUGCUCUCAGUUCCACAAGACUAUGGCACUGUGAAGUUGCGAGUGUUUGACUACGACACUUUCUCUGCUGAUGACAUAAUGGGGGAGGCAGCGAUCGACUUGCAGCCAUUGAUAAACUCGGCAAUGGCGUAUGGUGACCCGGAGAUGUUUGGGAACAUGCAGAUUGGUAAGUGGUUGAAAUCAGCUGACAAUGCUCUCAUAGAGGAUAGCACAGUAAACAUCGUGGAUGGGAAGGUGAAGCAACAAGUGUUUCUCAAGCUCCAGAACGUAGAAUCUGGGGAGUUAGAAGUAGAGUUAGAGUGGUUGUCUCUGGAGCAAUAA